AUGUUGAAAUUCUUCCGAAAAGUCUUUGGUAGGAAGAAGCACCGCAAUGCUGAAUGUCAGGCAGUCGUGAUAGACUACGACAAGAUUUCGUAUUCUGCGCGAGAAAUGAGAAAGAAUAACAGCGAUGUGCACUGCGUGUAUCAGUCUGUGCAGGAAAACAUCACGGACGUCGGAGAACAACUCCGACGUUCCGAGGAUUUAAUGAAUGAAGUAGCAAAAAGUUUCACAGAGAUGGAAAAAAUGGCUGAGCGAGCCUGUGAAAUUCUCUGCGCGGAGAAAGAAAAAUUGGACAAGAAGAAGGAGACAUUGUGGAAGUUGAAAGAAGAUGUCGAGGAUUCUAAAUACCGCCUGACAUGUUUGAAAGGAUCGGCAUUGGAAGAGCACGUGAAAGCAGCCGAAAGUGGGACUGCUGUUAGUUUGGGGUCUUCUGUGCGCAAGGAGCGAGAACAACUAGAACAUCGGCUUUCUGUCGCCAAAACGGAUGUGGAUAAAUACACAGAGCAAAACAUGGAGGACGAAGUGGUGAUACAGAAUGUACAGCUCAUCAGGGAGAGACUACAACAGGACCAUGACAGCCAUGUACGUCAUCUCCAGAACGAGUGUGUCAAUAUGGAGAAAAAGAACACACUGUUGAAGUUCCGGGAAAAGCAUUUUAACUCAAAUGAAGGAAAAACAGAGCUGCUGACUUUCUUCAGAGUGCCUAAAGAGGAACAGGAAGCCACCAAGAAGAGAUUCGCCUCACUGAAGAAAAGGAAAGAGGCAUUGCUUGAAAAAGUCCAAGGACAGAGAAAGAGAAGAGUUACCUUGGCGGAAUAUAAUGCUCAUUUGGAGAAGAGCAUUAAAAAGAAAAAGCAUGAGGCCAUGUUAGGCUGAAGCUGGUGUCGGAUUAUUGUACAGUUAUUUAAGAAUUUGGAACGACAAAUUGCAUGAUGAUGAAUGUUAAUGAUGAAUACCCGUACAUUACUAUCCGUAUUUUACCUUCUGUAAAUCGUUUUAAUUUCUCUAUUCAUUGCCUUGUCGGCUCUUUCAUCUAAAUAUCGCAAAGGUUAUUACUAAUAGUAUUUUAGAUCUCAGUAAUUUGGUUAAGGUUUUUAUAUCACAGCUUUCGAACAAAUUUUAUUCAUUCGACAAGUAAUUCCCGACUUCUAAUUUAUUUGUUGCAUUUAAAAAAAACUAACAAACAAAAACAAGAGAGAAAAAAACAUGUUUACUUAAGAUGCGUUUAGUUUUCUUUACAGAUUUUUUUUUUUUUUUUUUUUGUGAAUGGAGGCAUACCUUAAAAUGAAAUAGUGCUGACAACUCUGCCUCACCCCGGGCCAUGAUGCUGUAAAGAAUCGCGUAUUGCAUUUGUACAUUUUCUGUUCAAUAAAUUGGUUAAUCUUGUCACUGCCUGCAA